GAGUGAGAGAGUAACAUGGACUUCAUCUUGGUGGUAGGUCUCCUGUUGGUGCUGUGGAGUUUGCGAGCAUGGAUCUCCGGCACGAGGCACAACAGGCUCCCACCAGGCCCCGUCGGUCUUCCCAUCGUUGGGAGCCUCUUCAAAAUCGGUAACAAACCCAACGAAUCUCUCGCCGGACUCGCUAAGACCUAUGGCCCACUCAUGACUCUGAAGCUCGGUUGCUUGACGAACAUUGUUGUUUCCUCUGCCACCAUGGCCAAAGAGGUCCUCCAAACCCACGACCAGGCCUUCGCCGGUCGAAUCAUCAGGGAUGCCACUCGGGUGCUGAACUUCCACCAGAAGUCCAUUAUAUGGCUCCCUCCCUCGUCUCGGUGGCGAAGCCUUCGCAAGCUCUGCAAAGAUCAGAUCUUCACCGCACAGAAACUCGACGCCAGCGAAUCCCUACGGCGCCAGAAGGUGCGGGAGCUCCUCGCUCAUGUUAGCGAAAGUGCCCAGGUUGGUCGAGCCGUUGACAUUGGUCAAGCCACAUUCACCACCACCCUUAACCUGCUAUCGAACACUAUCUUCUCCGUCGACCUGGUCGGUCCAGAUUCCGAGAUCGGGCAAGAGUUCAAAGCGAUGGUGUGGGGAAUGAUGGAAGAGAUAGGAAGGACAAAUCUUUCGGAUUUUUUCCCUAUACUGAUACCAUUAGACCCACAGGGUGUAAGGCGCCGUAUGACGAUUUAUUCAAGAAGACUCCACAAGCUGUUGGACGAAAUGAUCGACCAACGAUUGUACUCCAGAGCUUCACUUCCUUCCCCUCCAACGAGGAAUAAUGAUCUACUAGAUGUCCUGCUCGAUCACUUCCAAGACAGCACUUCGGAGUUCGGCCGUCCUGAUAUCAGAGCGUUGCUUGCGGAGAUAUUUGUAGCAGGGACAGACACGACCUCAACGACAUUAGAGUGGGCGAUGGCGGAACUACUCCAUAAUCCAGACUCGAUGGCGAAAGUUCAGUCGGAGCUCCAAAAAAACGUUGGUGGGGUAAAACAAGUGGAGGAGACUGAUGUCGCUCGGCUCCCUUACUUACAAGGGGUGGUGAAGGAGACCUUGAGGCUGCACCCACCAAUUUCGGUUGUGCCCCGCAAAGCUGAAACUGAAGUGGAGAUCUGUGGGUUCACUAUACCCAAGGAUGCCCAAGUGCUGGUGAACCUAUGGGCUAUUUUUCGAGAUCCCAGUAUAUGGACGAACCCGGUUUCGUUCGUUCCUGAGAGGUUCUUGGGUUCCUCGAGGAUUGAUUUCAUAGGCCGAGACUUCGAGCUCAUACCGUUCGGGGCUGGGAGAAGGAUCUGUCCGGGGAUGCCACUCGCGUUGCGGAUGGUGCACCUGAUGUUGGCUUCACUUCUGCAAUCCUUUGAUUGGAAGAUUGAAGAUGGGAUGAGCCCCAAGGACAUGGACAUGACGGAUAAGUUUGGUGUUACCUUGCAAAAAGCUCUGCCACUUAGAGCGAUACCAAUUGAGGCGAGACGAUCUUGAA